UCUCGAUCCUAUAACAAUGGUGGUCUUGUCCGUUCCAGAACUGGAUCGUAUAUCGCUCAUCAGGGCCGGCAAUCCCGCCGCCCGCUUCGAUGCGCUCCCCGUCGUCGACCUCCUGAGUCCUGACGCAGCCGCCACCCUCAUCGAGGCCUGCGAGGAGUUCGGGUUCUUCAAGAUCACUAACCAUGGGAUCCCCACUGAUCUCAUGCGGAGACUGGAGGCAGAGGCCGUGGAGUUCUUCUCUUUGCCGCCGGCCGAGAAGGAGAAGUCAGGGCCCGCCAAUCCGUUUGGCUACGGUAACAAAAGGAUCGGUUCUAAUGGCGACAUGGGCUGGGUGGAAUACCUCCUCUUCUCUCUCGCCUCCAAGCCAUCCUCUCAUGCUUCAGUGAGCAAUUCAUUCCUUCGUUUGUUUGCGACCAGCUCGGCUCUGAAUGCGUACUUAUCGGCGAUCAGAGAGCUUGCAUCUCGAGUGCUGGCACUCAUGGCGUUGGGCCUGGAAAUGGAGCCGAUAGAUGCGAUAAGCAAGCUAGUCACGGAUGAGGCGAGCGACGGCAUAUUUCGACUCAAUCACUACCCUACGUGCCCAGUCCUGCAGGGGCUUAAUUGCAGCUUGACCGGCUUCGGGGAGCACACGGACCCCCAAAUUAUCUCUGUUCUAAGGUCCAACAACUGCGCGGGCUUGCAGAUUGCUCUGAAAGAUGAGAGAUGGGUUUCUGUUCCUCCAGACGAAGACUCUUUCUUCGUCAACGUUGGAGAUUCUCUGCAGGUGUUGACGAAUGGGAGGUUUAGGAGCGUGAGACAUAGAGUGGUGACUAACGGCUCGGAGUCGAGGAUGUCGAUGAUCUACUUCUUAGGGCCUACCAUGGCGGAGAAGAUUGCGCCAAUGCGGCAGCUGAUGGGAGAGGGGGAGCAGAGCAAGUACAAGGAGUUCACAUGGAGCGAGUACAAAAAGGCUGCUUACAAGUCGAGGCUGGCUGAUAACAGGCUCAGGUUGUUUGAGAAAUCCAAGUGAUCGAUUCGCCUUCUUUUGUUCUUGUAAAAAUCUGGCAGUGCUUGAGAAUU